ACAGGUUAAGAGAAACAUGUCAUUAAGGUGUUGUCAAAAGGAGUUCUGUAUGUGUGGGCUGGUCUCUAGGUUUGUGGUUUUAGCUUUUCAAAGGCGCGGAGCUGUUAUGGGCUAUGGGAUCAAGUUCGGGAAAACUAGUCUUCUUUAUUUUGAAAAAUGGUUUUGUAAAAGGAGGUGCCAAGGAGCUUAAAUACACCUAACUCGCACCCGAGAGAGAGAAAAAUGACGAAAGUUCCUCAGGGGUUUGAUUUCAGUUUCCUAAACGAGGAAGAAGCCAGGAAGAUCCUCCAGGUACUGGAAAGAAAUGAGGAACUCCGAAGGGCAGAGAAAGACAGGAUCAGCAAACUUCAAAAGACAAAGAGGGACAUCAGAUGGCUUCAAGGAGCAACUGGCGAAUGGUUUGAAGAAAUUCAAAGAAAGAAGUUUUGCAAUGAAACGGAUGUUAGCCAAAUGAUAAAACCACCACUUACAUACAGGCUACGGAAGGGGAUGACAAAAAAUGAUCCGAUGGAACUACAAACAUCAAGAUCUAAAAACCUAAUAAACCAAAAACCGUCUGUUUCUCCCCGAAUGAGCUUCCGGUCGUCCUUUGCUUCACUGUUCUCCUUCAGAAGAUCUGGGAAGGAGACCCUUAAGCCUCAGUCUCAGAGAACAAAAGGGUGUGAUGACCCUGUGGGACCUCCAGUGUCUGUGAAGGAGACAACUGCAGCAAAAAUAUACAAUUCACCGGUGGGGAAUCACCCAGUUGCCAGUGUGUUUGUUCCUAAGCCAGCCACCAUGCGGGAAGAGAGUGGUAUGCCUCCACCCUGGGAUCCGUCUCUGCUGGAGAGUGAGCUUUUCCAAGUUUUAGAUGAUUUGGAUAGCAAGCUGGCUCAGGAACAAUCUGUAGGCUCAGUGAAUACCAGAGAGCCAUUCAACUACGGAUCAAGAACACAGUUCAAACAUUCUCCCUCAAGUAGGAACAGGCAUGGUCACACCACAGGAAGGCACCAGAACUACCACAGUGAAACUUCCAACAUGUCAAUCUAUGACAUCCUGAGACCAGGAACUCCUAGAGAAGGUUUCAAAACCUUUUCUCCUAGGACAAAGACAAUUUAUGAUAUGUAUAGGACCAAGGAGCCCAGAAUCUUAAAAGAGGACUUUAUGCAAAAGAAUACGUUCGGUAGUACAUCAUUGUGUUUCGACAGCCGGCAACGAUCAGCCUCACCAGCCACGGGGCAUUUUACUGCAAGGAGUUUACAUUUUCCAGCUGAUACUGUAAACAAGAAUAGUUUUACACCAGUAAGGCACCAGCAAAGCCCAAAAAGAACUCCUCUAUCAUCCAUCAUAUGGAAUAGGUCAGAUUCUUCUAGACAUAGGCAGAAUUGGGAAGAGUCCCCGUGGGCACCAUCACCAAUGGACAUUGACCCUGCUGAUCAGUAUGUGGCUCCUAAGUGUUUUCAGGAGAGUAGGAGGUAUGAGUGGUACCAUUCACAGAGUGCUUACCAAGGCGUCCCUCUAAAUGCCCCCAUGGAUAGUGCCAUGAGUCCUGACACACUGGAGAACUCAGAGAAUAUGCCAUUCUACCAUCAGAACAACCCAUUUGCAGGGUCUUUCUUUAGCGGUACCUUCAGACAGAGUGGAGAACAGAGAUUUGGACAGAAUUCCUUUUGGAGUCAACAGGAAGAACAUUCUUUCUGGUCAGGCUUACACCAGAACAGGAAGCCAUUCCCUUCUGACAGGGACUUUGAAAUGAUUUCUGUUGAAACAAACAGGGCACCAUCUGUUUAUAGCCAUGGUGUCCCUUGUCGACACUGGAGGCCACAUUCUCCUGGCUAUGGAACAUACGUUUUCAGAGGUCAAGAGGAUCCACAUUGCUGGCGAUCUGAUCUGCAAACAUCCCCACUGGAGAGCAUGGACACAUCACAUGUCAAUGAGAACCAAUUUCUACCCCCUUUUGUCACACCAGAUGGUUUGUCCAUGACUGGCUCUAGCUGCCACAUCCAGUCUUCAGGGAUGGACUAUCAGCAGGGCCACCAUCUUGUAGACAUGGCUGUAGAUGAGAAGCCUUGUUUGCUUGGCAAGGCUCCGACUCUAGUACCCUCCUUCAGAGCCUCCUUCCCCCUGAUUCCUGAUGCCAGGAUAGAUUCUCAGAGUCCCAGCUUCCAGAAUUCCACAGUUGCUCCUGAUAAAAUAAUCCCUGAUAAGCCAGACUCUCUUUCAAUAAGAAACUGCUCAAAAGUUACUGUGACUGGUAGCCAUUCAACUGGAUUGCUGACUCUUACUGAUACCCAGCACAACAUCCUAGUCAUGGAAAUGAACAGUGAGAAAGAUGUGAAUGAAUCUCUUUCAGAGGAUGAACAGCUAAACAAGAUGGGCCAGAAAAACAAGGCAAGUGGGUUGCCCCAACCUAUUUCACAGACAGAGAUCUAUAAUGAUUUACCUGAUUUACAAAAUGCCCACUCCCAAGACUCAACCCAAAACUCAAGGUUUGACUCUAAUGAUUCUGCCAUGGUAAGUUCCAGAAGGUCACCCAGAGUCUUUUCCAGGAAAGGUACAUCCCAAAUGCAAACAACACAAAGAGAUAAAGCCAAUGAACUGAGCAAAGACAAAGGCUUUCCUGGGAGCAGGAAACUUGACUCAGCAGCUUCCCUGACGCUCAUCCAAGAACAUGGGAUGCUGCCAUCUCCUCCCAGUCCAGAUCAAGGUUGUCACCAGAAAACAGGAAGUAAUGAAGACAGUUCAAGCAUCAUUAAAAACAACCACUGGUGCUUUGAAUCCACUGAUACCCAAAAAGCAGAGUCCCUAGAGGAGCCUGCUAGUUUGGAUCUUGAGCAACAACAGUGUCUCUCCAUUCAUUCUACCAAUGGCAGCAAGCUGGCCUCCAAGCACAGUGUCCCACAAGAUUCUUUAGAUGUACUCCAAGACUCCUCACCAUUGAGUAAUUCCUUCCCUGAUGUUCUUUUGACACCUUCUGCUACAAUGUUCUCCAGGAGGCUUUCAGACCAAGGUCCAUCCCAAGAAGAAAGAGAAGAAAAAGACAAGGCUACAAAGAACCAAAAUAAUCAGUUGGCUGUGAAUUCUAUAGAAAACCAAGAGAGUCAUGACAGUCCUGCACAUCUGCAUGAUGCUGUCCACUGCCAUCCUUACUUUCCCUUCAGAAAUGGGAGGGGGAAAGGAAGAGUAAGACGCCAUGUGUCCUGUAUUGAGAAGCUAACCAAGACAGAGAAUAGAGCAGCACCCACAAGCGAAGGCAGUAGCCUCACUGAGGACCAAAGUAGUAUCAAAGCCCCUGAGCUCAGCACAGUCUAUUGCACCUUGCCAAGAAAACCAGCCAGCUUUCUCUUACACAGCAGACAGCAGGAAAGUAAGAUACUGCCUGCUUCAAUUAGGAAUGGGCCACUUCCAUUCCAAAUAAAAAAUAAAGUGCAUGUUCCAACUAGGAAGAGCACAUCUGACAAACCCAGUUCUCCCAAGUCAAUGAGUGAUGCUUCAAAUUCGGUCAUGGGGGUGCCCGAAGCCACCAAGAAGAUGACAGAUAUGAAAGCCAUUAGAUCGGCUUCUGUUAGGAAAGGGCCACUCCCUUUCCUUAUCAAGAGGGCGGUUUCGUGUCCUUCAGGGGAGCCAGGUACCUUGGCUGAAAGUGGUGAAAGAGAAAAGUCACCAGUCCUGGAUGUGGAUGCUUCAGCUGUAAUGCCCAGGCCUUGGAGAAGAAUCUUCAGUUCUCUGGAAGGUGACUCAUCAUUUAGAGAGAGUACUUUCUCUGAAGGACACAACCAAAAGGAACUUGUUCAAGAAAACACCAGGAAGGAUGAUGAGGCACCUGCUCCUGGAAUGAGUUCAUUCACCCUUCCAAACAAAACCCCCAAGCCUCUGCAAGCGGACGCAUCAGGAAAAGAGAGUGGGAAAGCGUUACAUAAGUUUAAGACAACCAGCAUGUUCUCUGUUUCCGGUGAUGAAGAGAAUAUGAAAUGUCUUGAGGUGGUUUCAAUAUAUUAUACUCUACCAAGAAAACCCAGCAAAAAAUUCUGCAGCCUCCUUCAGCAGUAUACACAAGGUACAGACUCACUUCGAGACGCUUUUCAGGGAGAGACUGAAGCAUUCCCCAAUGCUUUGGAAAGUGAUGAGCUAAAUGGUCCCGCAGGAGUGCAGUCAGGAAUACCUCCACCGCCAGACCUGAAGACGCAGGUUGGCUCUGCUCCAUCCUGUCUUUCUCACAGCACAGGAAAGACUGUCUCCCAGUUGCCAAAUAGGGAGGCUUCUGCAUCUACCUUGGAGGAAAUGGCUUCUGUGAGGCCAGAUGGUUCUCUUCAAAAAGGAGAACCCAAGAUCAAAGAGAUUUCCCCAGGUAGCUUAGCUAAAACAGCAGUAGAUGAUUCACUAGACAGGAAAAAGAGAGGGGGGAUGUUUCCAAGACAAAUCCUACAGAGUCCGUUACUGCCUCAGGAGAAAAGUUCUGGAGAAGAAAACACUAAAAGUCAUCAGCAGCCUUCUAAAGGAGGAGAUGGUGGGCCCCCUAGCCUCCCAGCCCACUCAGAAGGUAAUGCUGAAAAAUUUCAAGCCAGAAGAAAUUCUGGAGCGUGUGUAGAUGUCACAGCUACUGUAUCACCAGGACACGAAAGGUAUCCUUGGAGAGAUCACAUGGCUGUAGUUACAGACAACAGUUCUAGUGGGUCACAGCCUAGGGAAGCCAGUGUGACAACUGGGUCAGACGGCCAAACCCUGACAGAUAAGAUGCUCUGUGACUCAGAAAGGCAAGCCUUUGCUCUAGCCCCAGCAUUGCAUAAGCUGCAGCUUGCUGAAGAGGCUCAGUCAGGGGCAGCGGAUCUGCAGCCAGAACCCAGACGGGCAGGAAGUCAGGAGACAAAUACAGUGGAGACCAGGAAGGUUAAAGAUGAAGCACAAAAGUUGGCAUGGGAUCAAACUCUACUUCCUGGAGGAAAUAAUGAAAAUAAAACUAACGCGGCGUACCCAGAAACAAAAGAAAACAGAUACUCAGUUAAACACAGACUGACAGCCAUGUCUAAAGCAAGCAGAAAAAUCCCGGCUAAGGAUGUAAGUCCCAGAAGACACGUAGCCACUGUAUUCUCCCAAAGUGAAAGCCAGUCUGACUUUAGGGGGUUAUCUCUUUGCAGAUCAGAGGACAGCGCACUGUCCCCUGAACCUGUGGUAAAAUCCACAGAGCCCACAGAUGAAAGCAGCCUGGUGAACGUGGACAAGUCUGAGACCCCUCUCCAAGCAACUGCAAUAUCCAACCCGGAGCCUCCUUGCCAGUCCUUUAAUCAGAGGUCUGCUAACAUUUCACAACCACAUCAGAAUGAGCCGAACAGUGUCUUAGAACCACCCUCAAAGAGUAGGGAUUCUAGAGCCCAGAUCCCGGGAGAAUCAGGAGCCCGGCUCACACUGACCAGCCCCACAGAAAAAAGCGCUAGCCACCAGCCGAGAUUGAGUCUCCCUUUUCCCCUGGAAUCUGCGCAGAAAUCUACAACAAACCUGUCCCAUUGUCAGCUGCGCCACCUGAGUGCCCCAUCUCCAGAGUCAGAACCUGAGCCUCACCUCUAUAGAUCAAAGAGUUUAAAAAACUUCAAUGUGCAGGGAGACCGGCUGUGCGCAAGCCAUCCUCCCAAAGCCAGGGGGCGCCAUUUUUCUGAGAACACGUCCAUCAACACUGCUCUCAGUCAGCUGUCCCUUGAUGAUGACUCCUCCCACAACAGCGCUUACAGUCGAAGAUUCAAAUCUUUUUCUGAGCUUCCUGCCGCUGAUGAAAGUGAAAGUUGGGCGUUGUAUAACAGGACUAGGUCGGGUCCCAAGUCCACUUCAUCCAUUUCCAGGCCUAUUGACUACGGGAUUUUUGGGAAAGAGCAGCAGUUGGCUUUCUUGGAGAAUGUCAAGCGGUCACUCACACAAGGAAGAUUAUGGAAGCCAAGUUUUCUCAAGAACCCUGGCUUCCUCAAGGAUGAUGUACUCAAUGCUUCCAAGCUGUCGAAGUCAGAGCUGUUGAAUUCUGGUGGUCGGUCGCCAGAAGAUGGCUUAGUUCCAAGUGAACCACUUAAUAUCUAUGAGGAGGACCCAGUGGACUCAGACCGGGACACAGAUACAACCACCGAUGACGAGUACUACCUGGAUGAAAAUGAUAAAGAGUCAGAACUAUGAGACUGCAAGAAGCUGUAUAAUACUCUACAGUUUGCUUUUUAACCAAAAACUUAUUGUCGAAAUGAAUCUAAAUUUACAGACAGGUGAAAGAAGAUCUGGAUUGGGCAGUGUCUACACCCAUUCUUUUCCAUAUAUAUGUAUUUUUUUCUUCUGGAUUCUAAGAUUGCUGGUUUUGAGGGGUUUUGUUUGUUUUUCCCGAUAUUUUCUCCUGAUGCGUUGGGAUGUGGCCUUCCUAUCUUUUCUCCCAAGCCUAUCUCUAAGUCACUUUCCAAUGUUGGCUCUAUUUUCCUCAUCGCUUUUUGACAUCUCUUAACACUUAAUAGUUCGGGCACCUGUUAAAAUAUGCUAAUUCCCCAGCACAGUUGCAAAACUAUAUUGCCUCUCUCUGUUCACAGCCUGAAUUCAAGACAUUAAAUACAAUGUAGGGAAAACAACAGUUGGAUAAAAUACUGUCAUUGCAUGUGCGCUGUGUUCAUGAGUGCCCGUAGAGGCACUUGAGGACAUUGGAGCCCCUGGAAUGGGAGUAACAGAUGACUGUUAGGGGUCGUGCGGGUGCUGGGAACCAAACCUGGUCCCUCGGCAAGAGCUGCAAGUGCUCUUAGCCCCCGAGCUCUCUCUCUCUAGCCACAAGAUAAAGAGAUUAUUAUGAGAACAUCCUUGCACUUCAGUAGUGGAGUCUCAACAUGCGUUUAGAGUGCAUGUUGAGGUUAAAAUGAAGGGUUAGUCCCAUUAGUACCUUCAGGAAUUUCUCUGAAACUGUGGUGAUUGGCUGAAUAUUCGAGGGUUAAGUUUUCAUCAGGCUUAACACUGGUGAAACCCGAAUGAUGCAGGUACUGUGGCUUGGCCAUAGACACAUAGCUAGCAGGUGGAGUUGAGCCCAUGGUGCUUUUUUGGACCAGCUUUGUCGUCACUCAUUCCACGGCUGAUUUUUUUUUUCAUCUCUCCAAACCCGUCUAUUUCUCAUUUCCUUAUUUAUAGCCCGGACUGGGUCUUAUUAAACUUUUUCUCACUUAAUUUAUAGCAUUGGGAAUUUCUCCAUGCCAUCAGGUAUAUACAUACAUAAGAUAGGUGUACAAAUCAAGCAUUCACUGACAACUGAAAUUUAUUUUAAAACAGUUUUCUGGCUUACACGCAAAUUUAUCAUUUGUUUAAGAUAAACGCAAACAUAUACUAACGAGAUAUAUAUCUCUGCUCAUCUAACACAGUACAGUCCAAGCACGUUCUAAUGUUACCCAGGAGCUGGGGAAUAAAGUAGUAACAAGUCUUUGCUGUCUAUAAUUGCAUCUCUGUAUGAGCAGAAAUCUGCGCGUGUGGUAAAAGCAGUGUAGUUCGUAACAGAAUAGCAUCAGGUUCCCCGCCCCCUUCCCUUCCUCUGCCUCUCUCCCUGCACUCUUCUCUCCAUCCCAGUACAAGGUGUGCAUGCCGUGUGUUUGGAUUAAGGCUGCAGUGAAGUCCCACCAUCACCCCGGGUGAGCACUGCCAGGAUUCACUUAUGUUUAAUUUUGAAUUAAUUCUUGUUCAGUGCACAUUCAGAAACCUUUUACUGCUGCCAUUUUUUUCAACCCCACAUUUAGUUGGACAACUCCAUAAUAGAGUGAGAGCCCAUGGUUACCUAAGCUUUGGGCUAGGACACUUCUGAUGGAGCAUUUAGUGGGAACCUUGAAUGAGUCCUUAAAAUGCUAGGCCAGAUGUGAUGCCUAGGGACUGCUUGGCUUCUCUGCUGAACCGUCUAUCAAACAAACCCUCAGGAACAUCUAACUCAGAACUCCUAAUUUAUUGUCAAUAUCUUGUGAUGCCCAUUGCUAAAUUGGCUUCCUACCUCUUUAGUUGACACAUAGACAUCUGGAGCUUUCUCUCCUUGUAACUCAAGGCAAAGGCCUACAGAUGAGGCUGAGGGUGACCUAGACCUGCAGGCAGCAUGGGAUCCUGGAUCUCAAUACAGAGUGGAUUUUGUCUUGUUUCAUAGCUGUUUCGUGACAUGCUUUUGUUUUCCACUGUUCAUCCAGAUAAACUGAAGCUAAGGACCAGUGUUAGCAAAGUGUAUAGAGAUCUCACACUGACACAAGGUCAAGGAAGAUCUGUAUUAAUUAUGACAGUCCCGUAAAAUCCAAAGCCAGUGAAGGUGUGGUCACCGGUACGAAAGCCUUUCCUUAAACCUGUCCACUCAAACUGCAAACGAACUGCAAAUCACUUGUUCUGAACCGAUUCAAACCUGAAUGGCACGAGGAGUAAUAUCCAGUUUCUUAUUUAAGGCUGUAUGUCUGUGCAUAUGCCUUUCCUCUUUUGCUAUUUACCUAUUUAAAUAAGACUCUCAUAUAUUAUGACUUUUUGUGUGUAAUUUUAAGGUAUUCUGAGAUAUUAUAACAUUAAGACCUAUGUUGGUUGUUUUUUUUUAAUGAUCACCAUGAGAUGCUGUUUCAAAAAAUAUUUUGAGUCUACAUGUUUGCUACAGAAGGUGACAGGACAUCAGCUUGAUUUGCACCAAGGUGAGGCUCUGAGUGAGGGAGGGACACCAGGGUAAGAAUGGACAAAUGCUUUGGGAAUUACUCUCCUCCAUGUAAUCUACUUUCCACAUUGAAUCUGACGGCCACUGCUUCUCUGCACUGUGUGUGAGGUUAUGUGCUUGUCAGGAUGAGGGAUCAGGGAAACAGUAAUUCCCCCAAUACAGAACAACACUUUUACUGUUUCACAGUUUUAUUCAGUGCUUCGUUAAAGAAGCACAGCAGAUCUCUUUGUGUUGUAAUAUAUAAACUGUUGGGUUUUAAUGCUCAUUUUGGCAUAGCUGUGGUAACUUAAGUAAUAGUCAUUUUAUAUUGUUUUUCUAAAAUAUAUAAUCAUUAUUAAACUUUCUUGUAAAUGAAGUAAAAUACUAAUGAAUCGAUACUAAUAAGUGCCUAAGAAAUUAUCAGCUUGCUUAAAUGUUAGGCUAACACAGUUAUAAAUAUUAUGUUAAAUUUGUUUAAAAUGGGUUUUAAUAAGAUAGUUUUGCUUUUCAGAAACUACCUAGUGAAUAGUUUAUUGAAACAUCAUAAAUACAUUGAUCUUAAUAAAACUCUAAUUGCUACUCACAUGAGUUUGGUUAAGGAUAAACUUGAAAAGAGUAAACUAUUUUGUAUAGGAAAUAAAGAUGAGUCACAAGGGUGCUAAAAGAAGCCUACUUAGGUCAUGGAAAAGAUGAGAAUCAAAUGGAAACUCACACCUCUGUAAAAACAAGUUCCUCUAUUGAAUGCUGGUAUGUUCAAACAGGCCUUAUUGCUUAGAGUUUACUGUCUAUACAAGAGCUGUAGAAUAUCCUAUCUAAAUGUACAGUAUAAAUAUGUAAAUAUGUUACUUUGAUGGUUCUUUGUGACUGAUACUCUAUUCUGAAACAAUAAGCCACCAUAAGCACUUUUGUCAAAACUGUCAGAUAAUCCUCUUAUGUUUUUCCUCAGAUCUGUUCCCAAAGUAUGGAAUAUGCUAUAAAGUGAAAUCUUAAAAUAAUGCUUGUGCUGAAAUAAACAACCUGAACAGACA